AUGGCUACGGCCACGUACCUCGGCGCCAGUACAGUUGUGUGCCACCAGCAGCAGCCGACGGAUCACCACCAUCACCAUCCGCACCACCAUCACCACCACCAUCAUUUGCAUCAUCACGCACUAGUGGCGGCGGCGGCUGCUGCGGCUCACCAAGAAUCGCAGCAGCACAUCGGCAACAGUUCGGCCAGCAGUGGCAACAACAGCGCCGCAGCGGCGGCCAGGAUGAACUUGGUCAACGCGUCGCAAAGCGCGGCGUCGGCGGCCGGCGGAUAUCAGAGCUCGGCCAACGGCUCCAGCUCGCCGCACCACCGAGAGCACGGCCACGAAAUGAAGUACAUGGUAGCGGCGGCUGCGGCCGCUGCCGCCGGACACCCGGCCGCCUUGAUGUCGCACAAUCCGUGGUCGGAUCCCGGAGCGGCUCAUCAUUGGGCCUCGAUGCAUUCGGUCCACGCUCACGCGACUCUUCAUCCGCACCAUCAGGAUAUCAAACCGCAAGCCGGUGAUUUAGUGGCCAUCCAACAUCAUCGAGGAGGAGGUGGUGGAGGUGGCGGAGGUGGUAAUAACCAACAAUCAUCAUCAGGACACUCGUCUAGUGGUGGUGGGGGUGGUGGUGGUGGUGGUGGUGGUGGUGGUGGUGGGGGCGGAUGGCAUUCGGCCGUCUCUGUCUCUUCGCCGUACAUGUCGUCCGGCGGAGGUUCGCCUAUUCAACACCCCAACUACCCGGGCGGCAUGAACGGCAUGGGCGUCGUGAGCAGUUCGCAAUUGCACGGGCACGGCCACCCGCACGGCAACUCGUCCAACCACCACGGCCAGCACGGGUCGAUGGUGGGCGGCCGAGGUCCGAGCGAGAGCUCGGGCGUCGGCAGCCCGUUGAGUCACGGCAAUCACGACCCGCACGACCUGCGCGAUCACGGCCACCUCGACUCGCACCACCUGGGCCACGGCGGUGGCCACGGCGGCGGCCACGGCGGCGGCCACAGUCACCUGCACGGCCACGGCCACGGCCACGGCCAGCACGGCGGCGGCGGCGGCGGCCAUUCGGGCGCUGGAAGCGACCUGGGCGGCGACCCGUCGGAAGAAGAGAACCCGACGUCCGACGACCUGGAGGCCUUUGCCAAACAGUUUAAACAGCGUCGGAUCAAGUUGGGUUUCACCCAGGCCGAUGUCGGACUGGCCCUGGGCACUUUGUACGGCAACGUCUUCUCGCAGACGACCAUCUGCCGGUUCGAGGCGUUGCAAUUGAGUUUCAAGAACAUGUGCAAGUUGAAGCCGCUGCUGCAAAAGUGGCUGGAAGAGGCCGACUCGACGACGGGCUCUCCGACGUCGAUCGACAAGAUCGCGGCCCAGGGACGGAAGCGGAAGAAGCGGACGUCGAUUGAGGUGAGCGUCAAGGGAGCGCUAGAGCAGCAUUUUCACAAGCAGCCCAAACCGUCGGCCCAGGAGAUCGCCUCCCUGGCCGAUUCGCUGCAACUGGAGAAGGAAGUCGUCCGCGUCUGGUUCUGCAACCGGCGGCAGAAGGAGAAGCGGAUGACCCCGCCAAUGCCCAACGGGCCCAACUCGUCGCCGCUCAGAGGAUCCAUGGCCGACUACGGCGGCCCGGCCGGCAUCGAUCAGCAACAACACCACCAGGGCUACCUGCCCGGCCAUCCGUUGCAUUCGGAUCAUCUGAUUGGAUUGCACGGCGGCCAUCCGUCGCCCGGCAUGAUGCAGCAACAGCAACAGCAGCACGGUCACAGUCCGCCUAUGCUCUCACCCCAAUCUCUGCCACCGUCUCAUUCACAAUCCUUAACGGCCCAUUAAGUUUCUUUCUUUUUUCUUUUUU